ACAAAUCAAGCCAAGAUGAGGCCCAAACCCCAUCAACCAUUCAAUUCCAAGCUGCUCCUUCUACCGCUCUUGGUUGUCUUCUUUCUCCUCUUUGUCCUAAAAUCAAACUUGUCUACCGUCAAAGACAUACAAGAGACCCCAAAUGCUGCCUCAUUACCAUCGCAUUCAGUAAAUACCCCAAAUUGUUCCCCGAGUUGCAACAAGAUACCGGUUUCUCUCUCCCAGACACUCAUCCACUACUCCACCUCAACCAUCACCCCACAACAAACGCUGAAAGAGAUAUCGGUGUCUGCAAGAGUCUUGGAGAAGAAAUCGCCGUGCAACUUUCUGGUGUUUGGGUUGGGGCACGACAGCCUCAUGUGGAGUGCACUGAAUCAUGGUGGGAGGACGGUCUUCCUGGAAGAAGACGAGGCAUGGAUGGAGCAAAUAAGGAGGCGGUUUCCGACGGUGGAGUCGUACCACGUGAGGUACGACAGCAAGGUGAAGGAGGCUGAGAAUCUGAUGGAGGUUGGGAGAGGAGAGGAGUGCACAGCAGUGGGAGACCCAAGAUAUUCCAUUUGCCAGCUUGCUUUAAAGGGUUUGCCGAGUGUGGUGUACGAGACAGAGUGGGAUCUGAUCAUGGUGGACGCACCCACCGGCUACUACCAGGACGCACCUGGGAGGAUGAGUGCCAUCUACACCGCUGGGAUGAUGAGCAGGAACAGGGAGAGUGGAGAGACCCAUGUGUUCGUGCAUGAUGUCAACAGAGAGGUCGAAGACACUUUCUCUAAGGCAUUCCUCUGUGAAUGCUUCAUGAAAAAACAAGAGGGCAGGUUGAGACACUUCACCAUUCCCAGCUUCAAGCACCACCCUCACCUCUUGCACGGGCCCUUCUGCCCUCCCCCACCGCCACCAUCCUGAUCCCUUCUUCACCCCAUUUAUCCACUACUGCUUCUUCAAUAAAAUAUUUCAAAACACCAAAACAUUUUUUUUUUAAUUUUAUUCAAUAUUAUAUUUGUAAUUUGCUAGCCUAAAGAACUUGUACGUUGUAUAUGAGUCCACAUUCUAAAAAAUCAUUACUAUUGAUGAACAAAUAUUGCAUCAUCGACCACAGAGAAAAUUACGAUACCA